GGUUUGGGCAGCACGCCUGGCGCGCAAGGACCCCUCAGCAUCCAAACAUGGCGGCGGUCACAAGGCUGUGCUCUGUCCUCCGGUUGUCAUUUGAAGGUGUCGGAGGUCUGAGAGCUCUAGGGGGCGCUGCUCACCUCUCCCAUUUGGCACGUAUCAGUCCUCCCCAGUAUGCUCCAGUCUCUGCCACCCUGCAGCAGAACAGACAUUCAAGCUUCUUCAACAAAUUGACAGCUGAUGAGCUCUGGCGGGGAGUAGUAGCGGAGGCCAGUGCCAGAAAAGGAAGAGGGAAGAGAACCAAACGUAGAAUAAGAAAAGAUCUCAACCGAGGCCAGAACAUUGGAGAAGGUCGUGCUGGCUACCUGUGGCCUGGUCUGAAUUCUGCAUUGUAUAGAGAUGGGUCAGUUCAGAAACUAUCACAACGAGGACAGGCAGAGCAGAAGGAGGUGACAGCAGCCCUGGAACGCCAGCGAGAUGAAUGGGACAAACGCAGGAAGACUAAGAUAAAGAAGGAGAGGGGCUGGAGCGGCUUUUCCUGGGGUGGGAUCAGUCUGGGUCCGCCAGAUCCAGGGCCCAACGGAGAAACAUAUGAAGAUUUUGAUUCACGUGUGAUAGAGCUCAAGAGUGUGUUUAACGUCACAGCCAAAGAGAGCAGGAAGAAAUCCAUCAGUGCUCUGGUCGCUGUGGGCAACGGAAAUGGAGCCGCAGGAUUUGCACUGGGGAAAGCAGCAGACAAGAACACCGCACUUAGAAAAGCAAAAAACCGAGCCAUGCAUUAUCUCUACUACAUUGAGAGAUACAACAACCAUACCAUAUAUCAUGACAUGGAGUCUACAUUUAAAAGGACCACGCUCAGAAUGAAGAAACAGAACAGAGGUCAUGGUCUGCAUUGUCAUCGGGCGGUAAUCACUCUGUGCAAACUGAUUGGCAUAGAGGAUAUCUAUGCUAAAGUAGACGGUUCAGUUAACCUCCUCAACAUCACCAGAGCUUUCUUCCACGGCUUGGCCCAUCAGGAGACUCAUCAGAAUCUAGCUGAUAAAAAGCAGCUGAAUGUGGUGGAGUUCAGGGAAGAACAAGGAGUUUUGCCCAUUGUGGUGGCUCAACCGCAGCUCGGUGCCCGUAAGGAACCUGAAGAGGUGGACGAGGUACCCAACACGCGUCUGCACUGGGCUGAUGUGAAGACCAAGCAGGGCAUUAAGAGAUCAGUGUGGGCUGGGGUUAAAAGGAGCGUCUGGUGAUCUGAACGGUAAUAUCCAGCCAAGCCAGUAUUGCAGGCUGACUGUCUAGUGCACAACUGACAACCGUUUGCUGGGUAGGCAAGUGCUUGGAUUGGAACUAUGCUGUUAAAAUAUCAUUUCAUCACACAGUAAAGGUCCUGAAGUGCUAGAUACCCCCAGAAAUGGGUGUUAAUAUGGCGCUAGCCCAUGAAUAAGGAGUGUGGAAGUGAAUGUAUGAAGACACUUACCUACAAAAUGGAAGAGCACCAUAUAAUAAACAAUAAACCCAC